ACAAAAACACUGGUGAUUAACGUCAUUGACACUUGGUCAACCCAAACGUGUUAGUAGAAACCAGACUUAUGAAGGAUUCAUGUUUUGCUGGUCCACGUCAAAGAAAGAUUUCAGAUGAAAUCUGUUCGUAGAUUCUUUGGAACUCUGUGUGGGGGAUCGGGCAAUGCAACAGAUGCAAAUAAAGAUGCAAGCCCAUAUGACCAACCAAAAGAUGUUGAACCAUCGAAGGACCAGCAAGAAGAGCCAACCAUCACCGCUAGUAAUAUAGACAGUAAGAAUGAAAGGUCACAACUUUCAAAUCUAUCUUUGGCCAAAUCUAGCUAUGACUCUCUCAAUGAAAGUCCUAGUAUAAGACACCAGCAGAAAGUAAUUGAUGCAGCUUGCUCUGUCAGUUGCAUUUAUGAUGUGUCUGAAUGGAAUCCAGAGAACCUUGGAGUUAACCAGGUAGAUCAAGUGUUUCAGGAUGCCAAGAAAAUCUUAGAGCCUUUCAUAAAACAUUGUCAAACCCUCUCUUCUCUUCUACUGAGUUUUGCCAGGCAAUAUAGCCGUGACAAAAAACCAGAUUUCCGUAAAUGCUAUCAGGUUUAUGUGAGAAACAAGAGUACAUAUGAUCAAAAUGAAAGUCAAAUGAUCACAUCUCGGUCAGCUGACACAGCUGAAUUGGAUUUGGAAGAUCCAACAAUGAAAGAAUUGAAGACAAUAGCAGACAGUAGCAAGCAACUUUUAAACAUGAUUGAAUCAAUAAGGCCAAAGAUUGAUGAGAAAUUAGCAGAGGCUAGUACGCAUAAUGUUAAAGAUUCUGGAAAAGAAAAGGAAGAAGAUGGUGCCCACAAAGGACUACUUUCAAAGUUUUCAGCUCCUGGGAAAUACAGAAGAAAUAUGAAGCAUCUAAGGGAAAAUCGAAAAUUGUUGGACUUGAUAUAUUGUGAGGUUGAAUCAAUAGUUAAGACUAUUGAAAAGCAUAAAGAUACGACUGAAGCAGAUCAAUUUGACCAAGAGGCAGCAUAUCAAGAGCGCCUUGAAGAAUUUGGCAGCCGUACGUUAUUGAGCCUUGUAGCCGACGAGGCACCAGUUUGUCAGGAAGAGCUCAAAGUCGAAGCAGAGGCCAAACUUGAUCUAGAGGCUCUCCCUGAGCCUGAGCCUCAUCCUGUGGUCAUGGAUCCAAAAAGCCCAGGACAGCAUUCAAGUUCAGAAAAUGAAGUUUUGUUGGACGAAGGCCAUAAAAGAGAUGAAGACAAGAAGAAUGCAGGACAUAAUACCGGUACCGUUACAGAAACCAGCGUGGUGAAUGAUGUUCCUGUUCAUGUCGUGGAUGGCGGAAAUAGCCCCGUUCACAAACAUGAUGACAAUGAGCAGGAGCGUUAUGACGUCAUUGAGCCUUUGCGACCCACUUCACCGCUAUCACUUCGUUCUAAAAGGAGUGAUUCGUUUGAAGGAGUGGAUUUCGGAAAAUUGCUCGAUUUUGGUAGCUACAUUGUGGUUGACCCUUCCGCACAAGACGAGGUGGUGCUGCGGCGGUCCCGCAGUUUGGACAGCCUUUGUAGUGUCACAUCACGGAAAACGAUGUCCCGUUAUGGGAGCUAUGAAUUUGUGACGGAUUUCGAAAUCAAUAUUGCAGAGAAAGCUGAAAAUGAUAGGCAAAAAACAGCGGCAUAUGCUCCUUCGCAGACGGCUGAAAUAAGUUACCAAAACACUGCAAGAUCAACAGACAUGCCAUUGUGGAGGAGCACAACGUCCCCUAUCUACAAAUAUACAGAAGUUGAUUAUAACCCACUAGGGCUUAAGGCCGGGCUUUUCUAGCAGCUAGGUAUGUUGAAUAUUUUGAGAAGAAUUGCGUGUUUAGUGUGUUUUUAGUCAAUAUUCACGUAACAGUGAAUUAGGAAUCUCUAGAUAUUUAGGCCCUCUAUAAGGCCACGCAAUGAAUACCAGGAAAGCCCCUAUUACGUACUAAGUCCAGCGUCUUUUUUAAGGUCAACUUGAUGCGACAAAAUCAAGGAACUAAAGCAUGUACAAAUCAGAAGAAUGGAUGGGGCUUUGUUUCAACUUUCUAAAAAAACUUAACAGUUUUUUGGCGGUAUAAAACUUGAAAAUGGCUUUGAAAAAGCAUACAUUUUAUAGGGUAGUGGCUAAAAGCUUUUUGGCCUGACACUUCUCAGAGCAUAAAACGUGAGAAUAUAUACUCAGUUGUGGAUCGAAUUAGGCCAAUCAAAAAAACGCAAGCGCAAGACCGGUUUAGUUGUCCAAUCAGUGUCGUUUGCCUAAAAAAAAUUUCCACUGGAUUCCAAGAGAGAAAAGAAACUCCUCCAGCAAUUUUUUAUUGAAAACAUUUUGUUUUUCAGUACUGUACCACAAAAGCCUUAUUUUUAUCGAUCUUUUCCCCCUUUUUCACCUUUUGCUGUCAAAUUCACGCUCUUGAGAAUGUAUUUAGUAUUUGGUGCUACCCAUGGCUUCAAUUCGAAGAUCAGUCCCUGCUGAUACUUUAAAACGAAUAUCAAUAGUAGGUUAGUGCCAAUGAAAAAAUCAUUUGAAUAGAGAUAAUUCUCUAAAUGGUCAGGUGAUCGGCUUGUUUUAUUAAUUAGCCUUAGGCCCCGUUCACACUAUUCCGUUUUUGAACAAAAACGCAUCUGUUUAGCUCCGCUUUUGGCUUUGCGUUCACAUUAGUCUACCCCAAAAACGGAGCUAAAUGAAAACGAUGAUAAAAACGGAACUAAAUGAAAACGGAGCUAAACAAAAACGCAACGCUAUAGUGUGAACACCAAAAACGGAACAAUUUGAAAACGCUAACAACAACAGCAACGAGCUUUUCAAGUAGUGGCGCCAAUUUUAUCGGUCGGUCGGUAAUCAUGACUCCUACAAGGAAUAUGGAUACCAGUGUUGCUCUUGUUAAACUUAUGUUUACUUUGGCCAUGUUAAAAAGUCUUUGUGGACUUCUAUCAUUUGUGAAUCAACUUUAUUUGUUAAGAAGAACUCGGCAAUGUCGACAUAUUUCGAUUGCACGCUCUCCCAAUUUUUACCCUGUGAUAAAUUAUGCGUCUUGUAUUCUACGGCUAUAUUAAGCAACAGAAGAACUUCAUCAUCAGUCCAAUUCAAGUAUUCUUCACCUGAAGCUGAUUUACGAGGACGAGGCGGCAUCACUUCUUUUAUUUGAUAUCAGUGCCUUCACUUUCACUUUGCGAACUUGGAACUCAGGUCGUUGAAUGUUUUCGCGCCAAUAUCAGAAGCCUCGUUUUCAGAAAGAGAAAAACAGAUGCGUUUUUGAGAACUAGUAUGAACACCAAUUAAUAGAUAUCCGUUUCUGUCUGAAAACGGAGUAGUGUGAACAGAGAUAAAAACAGCUCCGUUUUUCCUGCCAAAAACGAAUCUAAUCGAAAAUGGAGCAAUGUGAACGUAGCCUUAGUCAGCAAAUGUAUUAGAAUUUGUGAAUUGAGAGCUGGAUUUCAAAAAAAUAUUUUUUAUCAAAACUAUCAAUAGUCUAAAACAGUGCUGUUAAAUGUUUUCCUAAGUUUUACAUAGGCAAUUUAUAUACUGGAAAAUCGUGUCUUGUAAGAACAGAGUCCACAACCGCUAUCUGCGUUUUCAUUCUUACAAAAGAGUGAGUUUUAUGCUGGAUAUUGUUGGCAAGGGUUUUCACAGAAAGCUAGUUGCACAACUGCCGAGCUUAAAAUGUAUUUCUGCUAUCACCUAGACCUCUACAUUCAGCCAGUUAUUAACUAUCUUACAUCUAAAAAGAUUUUCGUUGUGCAUAAGCGAUUGCUAGCUUAAAAGUUCAGGAAGACGAUUUUCUGCCAAAUACAGUAAUCCUAAAACAUUAGGUGACUGCUGAUGACAUAGAAGAACGAGAUUAAAGCAGCUACAAACUGGAGGCAGGUGCACGGAAAGAAUGAUAAAUUAGAAGAAACCAUCUUAUGCGGUAUGUUGGUAAGUGAAUCUUGUGAAGAAGCCGACACACUAGAAAAUUGGAAAUCUUGGUAUAUGUUUCCGCUUUUUGCGGUAUAUUCUAGGAUAGCUUUCAAUAAGCAUAUCUGCGAAAAAUUUUGUAAAUUUUUUUAAUUAUCCUGAAAACCACCAAACAAUUAAUUGAAAACCUGAAAAAUUUUAUCCGCGCAAAGUUAUGAGCAUCCCAAAUACGAUCGUUUUCAGGUUUAAUUAUUUUGUAGCUUUCUGUUAAUUAUGAAAAUUAGAGUUGUUUUUGAUAAAUUCGUCAAGCCCUGAAUAAUGUAAGCACUCGUGCAUAAAUUAUAAAUAACUUAAUGCAUACCGAAUUUCUUUUAUUGUACACCGCCUUCGCUGAAUAGCUGCCAUCGAAUGUAAGCUUUACAAAUUGAAGCCCCCAGGAAAACAUUAGCCUCCCUUGAAUAAAAAGCCGCACAUUAUUCUCUCAAUAAUUUAAUAUAAAGUUGUUUGGGUCAUAAAGAACACAUUUUAUGAUAGAAUUUCCUAAGCCACAACUGCAUGAUACCUUUGUCAUAAAACGUUUUAAAGAAACUUACUGAUUUUCUUGCUACUUUCAAUCAUUUAAAUCUAUCCUUUGAUGAAACUUCUGCUAGCUGCAUUGUAUACAGCUAAAUAGACGUCAUAUUAAAUAUGUUUAUACAUACUUAUUAUAUCUGCAUUAUCAGGCAUUAUUUUCAUUUAUAUAUCAUUAGAUGCUAAUUUUUAGCCUCCACCCAUCACAGAGUUGCCUCAUCAAGUCACUUUGAUUCGAUUUUUAUGUUAUAUAUAAAUUACGCAUUUAUAUAGAUUGUUUAUUCAUUUUAGUGUCAUUUAAAUUAAGAAUUUUUACAAAUUGUAGCGUCAGUCCAUGAAACUGUAAUUGCUUUUAGCACAAAGUAUUCACUAUCUUCUUAUGGUUCCCAUUUCUUUAAAGUUUCUAAAGAUGUUGUUGGGAUGUUUUAGCAGGGUCCGCACCUUAGGGGGCCAGAGCCUCCCACUUUUUGCCAAUUGAAAUAUUAAAAUCAGCUCGAAUUAUCGUUGUCAGGUCAAAGACAAACAUGAUCGUGUGUGCUUCAACAGCGAAGGUCGGAGAUUAAUUUAAGGUUUUUGGACGAGCACGGCUAAGCUAAAUGUGAAGACAAGUCCAUAAUUUCAUUUAUAACCCUACAUAAUAGACAGGGAAUUUUGCAUAGCAUCUAUCAAACUGCCUAACCGAAAUUUUUAAAGUUUAAGUCAUGGUCUUACAGUUUUAAGUUCAAGUCUUGUGUACAUUCCGGCAAAUGAUUGGAAGUAAUAUUUCAGAAAGCGUGAAAAUGCACGGUCAGCGAAAUUUUUACAUUCGAACUAUCCAAAUCGGAUGAAUUUAUCAGUAAAAAAAUCAAAACUGAGUAAAAAAUACUAAAAUAUUAUUGUUACCUGGUGUAAUUUGACGUGCUGAAUAGAACAAGAUGCAACUCCAACAAAAAGCUAUUUUUAGACUUUGGUACUUGUGCCCAAAUUGCAUUUCUCAGAAGCGCGGUCUCAGCUUGUUCUUAAUUUGUUCUUGAAUUUUGACCAAUUUGAGGCUCAGUUCUUAUAAAAUUUUUCUUAUAAAAAGAAGAGAGUGUAUUUGAGAUUUGUCUUCCUAUGUUACCGUUGUUUUUUGGCUGUUUCUGCAAUAUAUCAGCGAUCAUAACCACGGAACAUUUAGUGUUUGAGCUGCAUGAAAAAUCGAGGCACGCCAUUCAAACCAGCAAGCACGUAUUUUGGUCGACGAGGCACGGCGUAUUUUGGCGAAGGUCGCCAUAUAAUGAAUGCACUUAGCAGCAAGGCAUAUUUCCACAAGAUAAAAAAAAGCGGUCGGUACCCACGAAGGACAGCUCGUGGCUUAAGUUCUGUUAUUCCAAUUUUAUUUAGUGCUAAGCACAAAGCUAGAGUCAGCAUGUAAAAGAUAAACGGCCCUUGCUUCUAUGAUAUACCGCGCGGAUUCUUGUUUCAAUACGCGUCACUGUUUAAGGAGCAAGCAGCGAUAUAAGAAAAUAAACUGUGUAUAUGAUAUUAAGACUUUUGAUGACAUUUUUCAAGUAGAAAAUACCUUUAAGAUAUUUACAAUAACGAUAGUAUAAAAAUAUCAAGAUAAGGGACUGUAAAUUUAACAAUCCAAGUGAAAAAUUCACUGCUUGUGGUACAAGAAAGAGGAAAAUAUUGAUUAGAAGCUUGUACUAACACAGCAGUAAACCCAAGUCAGUUUACAUUAAACAGAAGCACCCCUCUUCAGAGUAUAGAGGACCGGUGUAUGUUAUUUAGAAUGCAAAGAUUGGAUGUAUGAUAUCUAAGCAACGGGGAAAACACAAAGCAAAACGUAUCCUUUGUUCUAUAUCUGAAAUCUAGCUACUUUGUCGGUUUAAAAGAGUGAAAUUGGCACAGAAUUAAAACUGAAAAAAUCCCUGAUAGCAUGGGUAAAAACGUGUUUACAUAUUGUGGUAGAAAAGUCGUGAAAAAUAGCAAAUUGGAAAGCUGUUGUCACAAAAUCCCCCUAAACAUUUGCGUUUACUGCCGGUAUUUGAGAAUAUAAAGAAGAUACUAUAAAAAACUCAUUACAAAGUCAUACAAAAUGAGUUAAAAUACAAAAUUGCCAUACACAUUCAUGCUAAUCUAAAUAAUAAAUUCAUUCUAAAUAUAAUUAAAAGUGAAUGAACCUGUUCCGCUAAAACUAUAAAGUUUUAUCUUAUGUUUUUGAAAACGAGGCCCAUUUACUUUAGUCCAUUGCUGAUAUUACGGCGGAUGUUUGGAACCAAUAGCUUGAAAGGAAGCAGUGAAUGAAAUGUUUUUCGUAACAACGCCUCCCCUUAGAAUUAGUUGGAAAUUCCUCCUUACACGAAAAAAAUGAUGGUUUUUCAACUAAAACCCAACCAACAGAUUAGAGGAUAUUAAAAAACGGGAGACAUAAGAUAUUAGAAUAAAGAUGGCGGACAGAGCUGUAAGGGGCCUUCUUUAAUUGAAAGAGCGUCCUAAGAGUUUAUUAACAGUGGACACUUUGGAGGGGGGAGGGGGGAAGGUUAGGGAAUGGCUGAGGUUAUGCAGUUGCUCCCAAUACAUUGAUUUACGUAUUGUUGAAAUACGAAAGCGCAUUCUCCCGACUUCGUCACCCUUGUGUCCACCUGUAAGGGCUUGAUUUGGUCACUGCGCCAGUAAUUACAAUGCCAAUAUCAAUAAAAAUAAUAUUAUACUAUGGGCUGUUUGUCACCUUGUGCAUGCAUUUUACGUCAAGUCACUAUUAAAAAAGCUAUUGCUAAAAAUAUCACGAAUAGACAAGCAUUAAUAAAUAUUCUGAGCUACGAUUUCUAUAGAUAUUGUCUCAUGACACGUUAAUUGACGGUCAGCAUUACUAACUCGUAAAAUUUAUUCGAAAAAUGAAUACGAUCAUUAGCAUUUCAACGAUAAAACACCUGGCGGCAAAUGCAAUCCAGUUAAGCUCACAAGAAAACAGUUCAGUUUGAUUUCUGAGAAUUAGCAAGACGGGUGAUUUCUGAGAAUUCGUGUUUCAACACCCUUAACAUCUAUCUACAAAAAUUCCAAAGCCCCUAAGGUGCAAAAAUUAAACAUAUUUUUUUCUGGCAUGAGUUUUAUUUUUUAAAAAGAUGCUUUAACCAAGGUUGGAUAAGAGCGAGAGGAAAUUAAAUAGCAAAGCCAAAUACAAAGGGAAAACCUAGAUGAUUCAUAACAUUUACUCUGUGUUGCCCUAUAAGCAAGCAGAAUAAAAUCACUUUCAACCAUCGCGGUGUCCUAUCAAUAAAAACUGCUGUUAUUUCAAGGCAUUUUCAUGCAUAACGGUUUUCUCUUCAAUAGAGACAUCACAGUCAUUAGAGAAAGUUUUAGAAACAUUCCAAAAGCUAGGGAAAUCCCUUUAAACAGCUUUAGGUUUCAGAAUGAAUGCUUCCCAUUUUGUUGAGGAAAUAUCAGUUUCGUUUGCAUCGAAUGAAAAGCAUAUAUGCAUUUGGGAUUAUUAUGGGUGAUUAUGUUAUUAGAAAAGGGCUAUGAAGAUAUUUCUAUUGGAAACGAAAACUAUGAUUCUGUUGAAACCAUUUCCCAAAUUAAGGAUAAAGGAGUUUAAAAGAAUGCGAACUGAACCUUGAUUCCCGUGUCUUGCUUUAGAUGAUGGAUUGUAUUUGCCUUAAGGGUGAAAUGGUCUACUUGUUGGUUGCUCGUGGAUUAGAGAUUUUGGCAACAACAAUGCAAAUAUCUCCGCAGUGCGACUGACUGUGACACAGGUAUUUAUCGCUGGUCUGCAGGCCGUUAUCACCGAUACGGCACCGAAACGGCACCGAAACGGCACCGAAACGACACCGAAACGACACCGAAACGACACCGAAACGACACCGAAACGACACCGAAACGACACCGAAACGACACCGAAACGACACCGAAACGAUCCGGGCAACUGCAUUUGGCAUUUUUAUUAUAACAGGCGUUCGGUUUUCGCUUGUGUUUCGUUAAAAGUGGUAGUAUGUUACGAGUGGGUGCUCGUUGUGUCACACCCGCCAAAUCAACAGAUGGUUCGUACUGUCUUCUCGGCCAACUGUUUCCGAAGUUGCGCUAGUUCGAAAGUCCUCGUAACCAUCACCGCCACUUAUAACUAACGUAACAGUUUUCGACGCAUCGUCUUUGCGAGGUAGAUUUUCGACCACUUUCGUGGGGCUAGUAGGUGAGGGUGACGUAGCCCUGUUAAUGUUAAUUUCAGGUGACAGCUGAGCCUUCUCUUUAUAUUGCGACUUUGGCACUUCAACUGAAGUCAAAAACCGCACAUGGCCCGUGUGUCCAUGAGGUGAGCCUGUUGGCCCUGGUGCAUUCCUUAGCGAAUGCGUGUUCAGUUUUAUAGUCGGUAAAGGAUUAGUCAGUAUAACUCCCGCACUUGUUCCUAUCCAUAGAAGAUCUUUGCAAGCUAAUAAUGCUGUUAUUCGCAGACAAGCUGCUUUGUGUUGUCGAAUUAUUGCAUCAGCACC